GGCUCAGAGAGGCUUUUUGCGCGUGAAGGUGCAGAUGUUGGCGGUUGUGAACACAGAGGAAGGAGAGGAAGAAGCCGAGGCACUUCAAGUGGUAUCAAAGAGGCAAUAUUUCUGCUAAGAUGGAAAGCGUUGAAGACUUCCAAGUGAAGGAGCUGAACAAGCGGACUUCUGGUCACGCAUUUGAGGUCAUCCUGAAAGCCUCAACCCCAGAUGCCAAGAGCAAAUCCCCAUUCCCAUUGUCCCCUCUGAAAAAGAAGACCACAUUGGAUGACAUUAAAAAGAAAAUGGAAACUGCAGAAGAGAGACGCAAGAGCCAAGAGGCCGAUCUGCUGAAACACCUGGCGGAGAAACGAGAGCACGAGAAGGAGGUGAUCCAGAAGGCCGCUGAAGAGGACUCCAACUUGCGCAAGCUGGCGCAAGAGAAACUCAAUCAAAAGAUGGAGGCAAACAAAGAGAACCGUACUGCCAGGAUGGCAGCCCUCAAUGAGAAAUUCAAGGAGAAGGACAAGAAGCUUGAAGAAGUGAGGAAGAACAAGGAGACAAAGAAAGAAGUGGAAAACUAAUUUGUCAAGGAUCCGGAAAACAGUCUUUACAUCUCCAAAGAUAAGCUUUAUUUUUUCAAACUGACUAUUUUAUGAUGUUGUUUGUGGUGUUAGUCCUGGUUUUGCUGUUGAACAAAAGCUGGUUAGACAAUGAUAGUUUGGGUAUGGAUAUAGUAAGAUUUUAGUUUACAAAUUGUUUUAGGCAGCUGAUAAAAAAUAGGUUUUGUGGUACAAACUGUAUUUUUUCCUAACGAGGCAUUACUUUGUUAUGAAAUGUGCCUUAUUCUUCCUGAUGUUAAAAUGAGCACACAAAUUGUUUUUGUACGGUUGAUAUUUCUUCCAUGUUUAAAAAUACUGUUUGAGUAUAACAGGCUGUACCCGGUUCAACCAUUAAACAAUUUUACUUCUGCGUCUUCA